CUGUUGUGAUAUUGAGAAGGUCACUGAGGUUACUAAUGUCAAAGCACAUCGGUAAAAAUUUUUACUCAGUUGAAUUGUGCCGGCAAUUCUGUGUAAUAAAAAACUAAAAAUAAAAUAUCAGAAUGACUGGAAAAUAUAAAAUUGUUAUGAUCCGCCAUGGCGAGAGCGAAUGGAAUCAGAAAAAUCUCUUUUGCGGGUGGUAUGAUGCUGACCUUAGUGACAAGGGUCGCGAAGAAGCAGUGUCUGCUGGCAAGGCUUUAAAAGCUGAAGGUUACAAGUUUGAUGUAGCGCAUACAUCAGUUCUUAAACGAGCUCAAAUUACAUUGAACACUAUUUUGCAAGAGCUAGGUCAGACUGAUAUUCCGAUAAACAAAACGUGGCGUCUGAACGAGAGACACUAUGGUGGACUCACUGGGCUCAAUAAAGCCGAAACUGCCGCUAAAUAUGGUGAAGCUCAGGUACAAAUUUGGCGCCGAAGCUUCGACAUUCCCCCACCUGCAAUGGAGAAAGAUCAUCAAUACUAUGACACCAUAGUCAAUGACCCUCGUUACGCCGGUGACCCGAAACCUGAGGAAUUUCCCAUGUUCGAGAGUUUGAAGCUCACCAUUGAAAGGACACUGCCUUAUUGGAAUAAUGUUAUUGUUCCUCAGAUUAAAGAGGGCAAGAAAAUUAUCAUUGCUGCUCAUGGCAACAGUCUCCGAGGCAUUGUCAAGCAUUUAGAUGAUUUGUCCGAUGCUGCCAUUAUGGAAUUGAAUCUUCCAACUGGCAUUCCAUUUGUGUAUGAAUUGGAUGAGAAUAUGAAGCCUGUUGACUCCAUGGUGUUCCUCGGAGAUGAGGAGACAGUUAAGAAGGCCAUGGCAGCUGUUGCCGCUCAAGGCAAAGCCAAGUAAACAUUAAUGUAAUUGAUAAUAGUAAAUGUUUAUUGUACAUGUAAUGAGAUUUAUGAAACCUGCAAAUGUUGUAUUAAAUUUAAACAUUUAUGAAAUAAUGCUAUUUUUAAUUUCAUUAAAUAUGCUGAUAGUUUGAAUUUUUUUUUAAAGAAUUUAUUUAAUUAGAAUCUCUUGGCAAUGACUGUAUUUGAAUAAAAAAAAUAUUUUUUUGGUUAUAAAAUUGGAAAUUUACUUCUUGUUUAUCAAUGUAAUACAAAUUGUAUUUGAAUAAGGUAUUUUGGUGGCUGGCCAUAUGCCAAAAUGUUUUGUUACCAAGUAAUUUAUAAGAAGCUAUUUAUUGAUAGAGUGCUUAUUUUAUAAUAAAACCGUUAUGAAUAUA